CCAGAGGUCCGGGGAAUCUGCGAGGACCCUGCCAGCGGGUCUGGGGGUGGGGCCUGAACCAGUCUCCCUAGGCUCGGGUCCUUCCCUGGCGCGGCAACCUUUCAGUGGUCUGCUUCAUCUUGUCACGGUUCUUCGUCCUCCAGCAUGCCUGGUCCGACUCCCAGUGGCACUAACGUGGGCUCCUCGGGGCGUUCUCCCAGCAAAGCAGUUGCCGCCCGGGCAGCAGGAUCCACUGUCCGGCAAAGGAAAAAUGCCAGCUGUGGAACAAGAAGCGCGGGCCGCACAACCUCAGCAGGUACUGGGGGCAUGUGGCGAUUUUACACAGAAGAUUCACCGGGGCUCAAAGUUGGCCCUGUUCCAGUAUUGGUCAUGAGUCUUCUGUUCAUCGCUUCUGUAUUUAUGUUGCACAUUUGGGGCAAGUACACUCGUUCGUAGAUUUGGCUACAUCCAUCUGUCAUCUGAAGAAGAAGAAAAAAACUCAGUAUAUCUUGGACCAAAAGUAUAGUGAAUUUUCUCUUCAUGAGAAAGAAAUUUUCUGUAAGCUUAUUGUUUCACAGGGAACUUAACAAGAAUUGAUUUUGAAGAAUCUGGUUUUUUCCUAUAACUAAUAAACUUUUUAAUUCAUUUAUACUG